AACAGAGAUCCAAAGCAUAAAUGCGAUUGUGCGACGAGUCUCACCAAAGUCAUAACCCCCACCACUCUUCUUCUUCAACACUAAAAAUCUCUGGUUUUUAAGCUCCAGAUUUUUUGCUUAAUUCAAAAAGGGCAAUCAAAAUGCAUUCUUUUGGGUACAGAGCUAACGCUUUGCUAACCUUCGCCAUCACCAUUCUCGCGCUAAUGUGCGCCAUCGCCUCUGUCUCGGACAACUUCAAUUCGCCGUCGCCCACUUCACAAGUCCAGGUGUUGAACAUCAAUUGGUUCCAGAAGAAACCGGAUGGUGAUGACGAGGUGAGCCUGACGUUGAAUAUAUCAGCGAACUUAGAGUCGUUGUUCACGUGGAAUACAAAGCAGGUCUUUGUCUUUUUAGCCGCCGAGUAUGAAACCCCAAAGAAUAUGCUUAAUCAGGUGUCAUUAUGGGACGGAAUUAUACCUUCGAAAGAGCACGCAAAGUUUUGGAUUCACACAACUAACAAAUAUCGAUUUAUUGAUCAAGGAAGCAAUUUACGAGGUAAAGACUUUAACUUAACACUGCAUUGGCAUGUCAUGCCGAAGACCGGCAAGAUGUUCUCCGACAAAAUAGUUAUGAGCGGCUAUCGCUUGCCUCAGUUGUAUAGGUGAAUAUACUAAAAGUAUGGCAUUUGAUAUAACUUUUUAGACACUUUUGAGGAACAAAAUCGAGAAGCAGAGAGGUAGAGUUUUAUAUCAGUGUUUGUAAGAAUUCGGUAAUUUAAGAGUUCGGAAAUGGAUUCAGUUUGGUUAUCGAGCCUUUUGAGAUUAUUUGAAAAAUAUUUGUAGUUAAAAUCACGCAUAAGCCUCACGUCGAUGUAUUGUGCUGUGUACUUGCGUUGGAUUUUCGAAAAUCGAUUUGGGUUCGGAUUCGGAUUCGGAAUGAGACGAGCAAUGUGAUGCGUAUGUUGAGU